AUGGGCGAAGUUACACAAACCGGUACUACUAGAGUGCCGACAAACAGCCUAUUUAGCCUUCAAGGCAAGACUGUCAUCGUCACGGGUGCAACUGGAGGUAUCGGCCUGCCUGUUGCUGUAGCGCUGGCUGAGUCUGGGGCAUCGAUCGUUUCAAUCCAGCUCCCCGGUGAUACGAACUCGGAGAAAUUGCGGAAGGCCAUUGAGCAGGCAACAGGGGGGCAAAACAUUAAGCAAUUUGAGUGCGACCUCCUCGAUUCAACGUCAAUAGCGGACUGCUUCGAGCGGAUCUGGACGGCAGGAGUCAUACCUGACAUACUCUUUCACGCUGCGGGCAUCACGCAUCGAUCCAUGGCAAGCGAACCGUCCCGGGAGGCUUCAUCCUUGGUUGUCGACCUCAACAUCAAGGCGGCAUACCUGGUAUGCCAGGCUUUUGGUCGGCAGAUGCUUAAAUUAGGCAGGAGAGGGAAGAUCAUCACCAUCGCUUCCAUGGCCGCCGAGCUAGUACAGACCAAUGUCUCGGUCUAUUCCUGCAGCAAGUCAUUUGUCAAGAGUAUGACUCGGGCCAUGAGCAACGAGUGGGCCAGUAAAGGUAUCCAAUGCAACUCGAUCAGUCCCGGAUGGAUCCAGACAGGCAUGUGUGAGGAUUUGUCUCAAGAUCCUGUCUUUUCCGACUACGUCCGUCAACGGACGUCGUCGCAGAGAUGGGGACAGCCAGAUGAUUUGAGAGGCGCGGUGAUCUUUCUCGCCAGCUCCGCCAGUGACUUCAUUACCGGAGCAGAUAUUCUGAUUGACGGUGGUGUGCUUGGGAGAUGA